CGUAUUUUUCAUACAACAGUAACUAGGCGGAAGUCAACAUUUUUAAAUGGAAGGCGGCAAAUAUCUGUAUCAAAGCGGGUUCGAUAACGGUCACUGGAUGAUUGGAAACAAAGUCUUGCAUUUUUGAUACUCAAGAAAAACAAGAUGGGUGUUUCGUGAUAAUUUAAUGGGACGCGUGAACGCAUUCGGCAAACGAACAGGAGCUAGCUGACUAGCAUUAAGCAACUGUCAUGGCCUCUAAAUCGGAUCAACUUCUCAUUGUAGUCUCCAUUCUAGAAGGUCGGCAUUUCCCCAAGAGCUCACGCCACAAGCUGGUAGUGGAGGCCAAGUUCGAUGGGGAACAGCUCGCCACAGACCCGGUGGACCACAAGGAUAAACCUCAGUUCUGCACGGAGUUGGCUUGGGAGCUUGACCGCAAGACACUGCACCAGCACAGACUCCAGCGCACGCCCAUCAAACUGCAGUGCUACGCAGUGGAUACAGUCACCUCUGCACGGGAGUCUUUGGGAUAUAUUGUCCUGGACCUGAGAUCCGUCCAGGAAGUCAAGCAGGCUCCUAAGUGGUACCCUCUGCUUAGUAGUAAGUACACCAAGCUGAAGCCCGGAAUUUUACUGGGAGCGGCCCUUGAGCACGAUGCCAAACAGACACCGGACCGGUUCAAGGCCAAAGAGGCUCCUCCAAGGCAAGGUUCUCCUUUCUUGGCCAGCCUGGUGUCGAGUCAGCUGCAGGCGGUUCUGAAAGAGGAAGGGUAUCACCAGAUCGGACCGGAGGAUCGCUGCACGGACCUCUUCGUCUUGUCCGUUACCGUGGCAUUUGCAACCAGGCUGGAGCAGCUGAUCUCCAGCACCAUGAAGCUGUCCCAGGAAGGGUCCGAGUUCUUCUUCUACUACACGCUCCUGGGCAAUGACAUCACCAGCGAGCCCUUCCACAACCUGAUGAGCCCCAGCUUCGAGCCGGAGCGGGCGUCGGUGCGAAUCCGCAGCAGCGUGGCGGUCCUGCGGGCCUUCCUCAGCCAGCAGCCCAAUCUGCAGAUCCAUCUCUGCUGUGGGAAUCACUCUCUGGGAAGCACAGAGAUCUCUCUGUUCGGUCUGGUGAAGGAAGGGGCGGAGCUGGAGACGCUGCCAGCCACGGUGGAGGGGGCCUUCACCAUGGUGCCCCCCAACCGGGCCAAGCUCAAGCUGCCCGCCGUCCCGCCCGACCUGCAGCCCACCCUGGGGGUGUCCGUCAUGCUCCGCACGGAGGGGGUCGACCCGCAGUUGGGGAGUCCCGGUCGGGGUGCGGAUGGACCCUCGUCUCCGGUGAAAAAGGGGUGCGUGUCCCCCGUCCCGCCACAAUCUCCUCCCCCUGGGCAGAGGCCCUGUGUGCCGUCGCCCCCGCCUCGGUCCCCCGUCCCGUCACACAACUCCCCCGAACUGCGCUCGGCCAGCGAACCGCACCCGGCCAGCCUCCACACGGAGAGCGAAGCCGAGAGCCUGCUGGAGGACUCGGGACAGGCCCAAUCUAUCCCAGCAGGCCCCCCGGGUCCAAGCGGUGCUCAGGUCCUGAGCGAGCCGGAGGCCCCGGCGUCCUCCGUCAGCGUCUCGGCUCCCAAAAUCGCCAUCCCGUCCUCGGCGCACCACUUCUGCUUCUCCCUGGACCUCCGGAGCGUCCGGGACAUGGACGUGGGCUUCCCGGUCAACUGCACUCUGAGGUACUCUUACCAGUUCUUUGGGAGUGCCGGACCCAUCAUGACCAACCCCCCUGUGGAGGUGCAGAAGAACAUGGAGGUGUUCCUUCCCCAGUCCUACUGUGCCUUUGAUUUUGCCACUCUGCCUCAGCAGCUACAGGACACUUUCCUCAGGGUGCCCUUGGUGGUGGAGGUGUGGCACAGGGACCCCAGCGCUCGGGACCUGCUCCUGGGCACCGCCAGCGUCCAGCUGUCCCACCUGCUGGCCGCAGAGAAGACCCGCUUCCUGGGGCCCACGGGACAGCAGCACUGGAGACAGACCUUCAGUGAUAGGAUCCCUGUCAUCAGAGCCCGCGGGCCCAAUGAGAAGGUGGCUGAGCUGUGCUACGUCACCACCCUGGAAGACCUGGGAUUGGUGAAAAUCCAGGACAUCGUCGUAUCCGAAUCCACUCAGAACGCGCCUCCCGAGCAGCCGAAAGCCGAGCCCCCUCCCCGGAAGCAGCGCCCCCCCGCGGCAGUACCGGCGGCUCCGCCCCCGCCCCCAGAGCCCCGCGAAACCCUGGAGUACAAGGCCGCCCUGGAGCUGGAGAUGUGGAAGGAGGAGCAGGAGGACCUGUUCGACAACCAGCUGAAGCAGAAGGAGCUGAGCCACAUGCGGGCUCUGGCGGAGGAGUGGAGGAAGCGGGACCGAGAGCGUGAGGCGCUGGUCAAAAAGAAGGAGAUGGAGUACAAUCUCUUGGAGGAGCAGCUGCAGAAAACCUUGGCUGACCUGGAGAAGAGGGAGCGGCACCUCGCGCACGCGGAGAUGGAGACGCAGCGGCUGCAGAGGGACAUGCGGGCGGAGCACGACUUCGCCAUGCGCGAGCUGCAGGACGGCGGCCGCCGGCUGCGGGAGGACUGCGCCCACCAGGUGGAGCUGGAGAGGUCAAAGGUCAGGCAGCUGGAGGAGGAGUGCGCCCGGCUGCAACAGCAGAUUCAGGAAGCAGAAAGCAAGUAUAAGCAGCUGGAGAAGGAGUUCCUGCAGUUCCGCGAGCAUCAGAACACUCGCCCCGAGCUCCGCCUGCAGUCCGAGAUCAACCUGCUCAGCCUGGAGAAGGUGGAACUCGAGAGAAAGCUGGAAUCCACCACAAAGUCCAAGCUUCAUUACAAGCAGCAGUGGGGGCGCGCCUUAAAAGAGCUGGCCAGAUUCAAACAGAGAGAGCAGGAGAACGCCAUGAACCGGCUGAAGAAACAGCAGCAGGAGCUGGAGCACAUGAGGCUUCGCUACCUAGCAACCGAGGAGAAGGAGGCGGUCCGAACGGAGAAGCAGGAGCUGGAGGACAUCAGGAACGAGCUCAACAGGCUGAAGCAGCAGGAGGAGGCGCGUCCGUGGAAGGACGCCGCCCCGACCGCGCCCCCGAACGAGGCGGCCGACGACCACCUGACCCGCCUGCUGGAGGAGCGGGACACGCUGCUGCGCACGGGCGUGUACACGCACGAGGACCGCAUCAUCCUGGAGCUCAACCGCCAGAUCCAGGAGGCCAUGGCGCACAGGGCGGGGCAGUGACCGCGACCGCGGCCCGCCAACCGCGCCGUCGGACGAUGACCGCACCGGACCGGACCGGACCGGACCGCUCGCUACCAACACCGACCGCGUGCGGUCAAAAAAAAAACUAAACGUGUAUACUGUGUAAAGUUUUUGUAAUGUAUGUUUUUGUAUAGAUAGUUAUAUAUUCAGUGUGUGUUUUUUAAAGUUAAUAUAAACUAGCUAGGAUGGUGGGGAAAUUGAGCUUCAUGUAAAUGGUUACAGCAAAGCUUUUAGUCCGUUAUAUGAUGUAUUAGCUGAAGUUUGUGAGCUGUAGUUAGCUGCUGCUAAAAGUUAGGAAAGUUCUGCAAAAACUAAAGUGUGUGUCUUCAGGCAAUUAGCCGUUAUUCUGAACUAUUAAAAUUUUAGGCAUUGGUUUUUCUAAAACAAAAUUAGUUCCUCAUAUUCUUCUGUAUUUAAGGCAUUUCUACUAAUGGUGGCAUUGUCUUGUAGAAAUAAUUUUAAUGCAAGUGCUUUGCUGUCUCUCCAGUGAGCCAGAAUGCUGGAUUAGUGUGUGUUGUUGGUCAUCAUAGUUCUGGGUGAGUUUUGAUCUUCUGCUUCCAAAUAUUUUAUUAGUGGCAGACAUCAGAAUCCACUUCAUGGUGCCUCAGUGUGUUUAAAUGUGUGUUCCGAUCAGGUGUGCCUGCAACACUGUCUGCAAUCAGCAGAUGGCGCUACUGCAUUAGAAAAGUUUACAAUGCUAACGUCCGUCGUUUUGUGUGUAGAAAUGCAAGUGCCAGCCUUUUAUAUUUAGCUUUUUUCCCCCCCAUCAGCUAAAAUGCAUGACAUUUUGUACCUAAUAAAUUAUUUCAUACAUA